AUGACGUCGAGAUCUCCCGGCGCUGCUCUGGACAUGGACGACCCGGCGAUGAUGAACGCUGCAGAACCUUCGAUCGAGGGUGCAGAACCGCAUGAUGCGUUCUCAUUAUUAUAUCACUACUCUGCUCCCCUGCCGACUCGAGAGGACGUCACCGGUACCUCCGGAGAUCCGUCUUAUUAG